AUGUUGUUACAUUUCCUAAAAGUACAUAAAAUAGAAUUUUCCAUCGCUUUGUUUUCGACUAACAGACCCACAAAUGGAUACAGCGACACCAAGUACAUUGUUUAUGGAAGCUGCCUCUUUGAGCUUUUUGAGACCUGUCCUGUGUGCCAACGAGUUUGUGAUGUCACCCCACUAAGACGUGGAACUUUCUUGGCCAUAGACCAACUGUGCCCGCACUGCCAGUACUCCAGAAAAUGGAAGAGCCAGCCUGUCUUUGGAAGCAACCCUGCAGGGAACUUGCAAUUGUCAGCUGCCAUAUAUUUUAGUGGUGCAUCUUUCAUUCAGCUUGAAAAGAUUUUCAAUGCGAUGCAUAUAGCGUUGUUUAAAUACGACACUUUUAGAAGACAUGCUCGGAUGUACCUGGAACCAACCAUUAUCCAUAAAUGGGGGAAGGACCAGGAGACACUUCUGCAGCGUCUGAGCCAACAUGACAAGGCCAUAAUUGGAGGUGAUAUGAGGGCGGACUCACCAGGACACUCUGCAACGUACGGAAGCUACAGUGUGAUGAACCUUUGGGAAAAAACGAUAAUUGAUAUUCAAUUGGUGCAGGUCAGUGUGAAGUGCACGAGAAUGAAAAUAUUGCUAGUGGCUAUUACUUGA